AUGAGUUUGCAGAACUGGGUGCAUCAAACCAAUCUCGCGGUGGCUCGCAGCCCCGUGGGGAGAUGGUUCCGAUUGGAAAACUCGGGCCAUCCCAAGGAACGCAAGGGUAGUUUCUUCUUCACCGAGCUGCGCGCCGGUCUCGCCACCUUCUUCGCCAUGGC